AUGAAAUCGGGGCCGAGGAUGGAAGCGCUCAUCGAUGACCGUCAGAGCCAGAACCUGGACGUUCUGCUAAUCCAGGAACCUUCCGUCACCGCGUAUCGAACACACGUUAACCAUAGCGCCUGGCGGCUCUACCGGCCAUCCGUUGAAAGCGACACGGCCCGGUAUCGCAGCCUGCUAUAUGUCCAUCGAAGGGUCUCGACGUCUUCCCACCGACAGAUCCCGUGCAACCACCCAGACCUCACGGCAGUCAAGAUUUGGACAGCCGACUCCCAAUUCCUUCUCUUUUCAGUCUACAUCCCUUCUGUACCGAUGCACACGCCCGAAGAGGCAUCGGCAGAGCCAGCACUUACAGCUAUUCAAAACACAAUAACAGAUGCUCUCCAGGACGACCGAAGGUUGACAACCGUCGUGCUAUCGGGAGACUUCAACCGCCACCACCCAACAUGGGGUGGCAACCACAUACAACCUAGGUUUAUAGAAGACGCAGGCGAACUGAUCGACUUCUUCCAAACUAAUGGCCUACACGGCUGCCUUCCCCGGGGGACGCCGACAUUUUGGUCUUUGAGCCACCCGGGGAGGAACUCCACCAUCGAUCAAACUGUAACAAACCGGCCAGACCUGCUCGUGAAGUGUCACCUCUACCACGAAAAUUAUGGGUCGGACCACCGGGCGACUUACUCAGAAUGGAGCCUAAGAAACCAGCGCAACCCUACCACUAACAAAAAGAAGGCGUAUGAUCGCGCAGACUGGGACAAGAUUGGCGACGAAGUACUUCAACAGAUAGGACCGUGGAACGAUGUUAAAACCAGACCGGCGCUAGACGACCUAGUCGAAAGGCUCACGGAGGUAACUGCCACAGCAGUGGAUAGAUAUACACCUAAUCUACGACCAACACCGUACUCUAAACGCUGGUUCACACCGGACCUUAAGAUACAACAGACCGAAGUCAAUCACCCGCGCCGGCAGUGGCAGGACAGCUGCGCGGAGCUCGGACGAGAUCACGUCCGCUCCACGACCCUCUUUCAAGACAUGCGCCAGAAACGAAGGACUUGGACUCGGGCUAUUGAAAAAGCCAAAUCGUCACAUUGGAAGCAAUUUCUAGACGAAGCUGGGGAAGGGAAACUGUGGAAAGCUGCCAACUACAUGAAACCACGCGAGGCUUGGGGGUGCACCCCGGCUCUGCGAGUCGGCACCGACGAGCUCACUGAAAAUAAGGAUAAGGCACAAGCGUUCUUAGACAGUUUCUUUCCCGAGAUGGACGAGCCCUACGAGGGCCAGCCAGCCCAGGUGCCGCUACAACUCCCAUGGCAUCCCAUCACCGAAGUGGAGAUACAGCGGUCUCUCAACACCGCAAAAGGCUCUACUGCACCGGGCGAGGACGGCCUUCCAACGCUCGUGUGGAAACACUUGUGGAAACACCUCGGAAAGUUGGUCACGCGAAUCUUCGCCGCCGACCGCUAUACUAGUAUAGGAUUCGACGACUUCCGCACAGAAGUGGCGCCACUAGGGAACGCGGGAUUAGCACAAGGGUCGCCCCUUUCACCCAUUCUGUUCGCAUUCUUCAACUCAGACCUAGUCGACCAACCUGUCACCAUUCACGGCGGCGCAUCUGCCUUUAUCGACGAUUAUUUCCGCUGGCGAGUAGGUCGUUCAGCCGAGGAGAACUUAGCCAAGAUCCAGGCCGAGGACAUUCCCCGCAUUGAAGCAUGGGCUCGUCAAACUGGGUCCUGCUUCGCAGCCCAAACAACUGAGCUCAUCCAUCUCACUAGGAAAAAGGGCGAAUAUCUUCUAGGACAAAUAGUUAUGAAUGGGAAGCCGAUUAGUCCAUCACCGACCGCGAAGCUGCUUGGCGUGGUUUUCGACCAAGAGCUACGAUGGAAGGAACAUCUCCAGCAGGCUAUCAAACGCGCAACCAAGGUGACUAUUGCACUAUGCGGGAUGCGACACCUACGCCCAGAACAGAUGCGGCAGCUCUACCAGGCGUGUGUUACGCCGGUGGUUGACUACGCUUUAACGGUCUGGCAUGACCCGCUUAGAGAAAAAACCCACCUACGACACCUAAACACAGUACAGAGGACACCACUGAUUCGCAUCCUGUCAGCAUUCAGAACAGUAGCCACCACAACACUUGAAGUGGAAGCACACAUACUUCCAACACACCUCCGUCUCCGCCUCCGAGCCCAGAAUACUAUCGCACGACUCCACACCCUGCCCCGUGACCACCCUAUUUGGGAUAUACUAUCGCGAGCCCAGAAGCGUAGGAACAAUGUCGGUUCGUACGCUCGUUUCCCACUUGCAGAAGCAAUGAAGACCAUGAACUUGGAGAGAUUAAAUGAACUUGAGACGAUUGACCCCCGGCCACUGUCACCGUGGAGAGCCGAGCCGUUUACGGAGAUUGAGAUCCAGCCAGAUCGAGAAACGGCAAGGGAACGGGCCGAGGCCAUACGGUCCACGGCCGGAAUUCUCGUAUAUUCGGAUGCCUCCGGAAGCCAGGACCAUCUAGGUGCCGCAGUCGUAGCUCUCGAUGACGAUCUAAAGGUCAUUGAAUCCCAGCAGAUUCAAGUGGGACCGAUGGACCGAUGGUCGGUCCACGUAGCCGAGUUAAUAGGCAUUUUCCACGCCAUCAGCUCGGUGCUUAAGUUAGCACAUCAAACCCCAUGGACAGCAAACUCGAGGGCGGCGACGAAGACAGCGACGAUUCUCUGCGACAGCAAAUCAGCGCUACAGGCUAUUCAGAAUCCCGGUAAUAAAUCUAGACAACUGAUCAUCCACGCCAUACGGCAGGCAGCAGCAGAAGUUCAAACACAGGGAAUUAAGCUCCGCCUCCAGUGGAUACCAGGACACUGUGACAAUCCAGGGAACGACGCAGCGGAUCGACUGGCCAAAGACGCAGCAAGACCGGGCAAGACACACCCCUUCCGUCCUUUGAUCACAAGGGAGAAAGCGUUCAUUCGCGGUAACAUCCUAGCCCAGUGGGAGCAGGAGUGGCAGUCCUCUGCCAAAGGCAGUCACCUUCGAAGAAUCGACACCACACUACCGGCGACCUACACCAGAAGGCUAUAUGGAAGUCUGACCAGAAACCGGGCGUACUUGCUGACGCAACUACGCACGGGCCACAAUUGGUUAUCCACCUACGCCAAGACCUUUGGCUUCCGCGACAACGAUCAAUGCGCGUGCGGCGCGCAAGAAACAGUCACCCACGUGCUGGUGGACUGUCCGGACCUGAGGGAACUUCGAACAAAAUUGAGGAAAGAAGUUGGCGAUGCGUUUAACAGCGUGUCAAGUCUGCUGGGAGGCUCAAAACAAGGUGAGAGAGGUAAACUAGACAGCGUGUCGCGGGCUAGGGCGGUCGAGGCCGUGCUGGACUUCGCUGAGGCGUCACAACGGUUUCAAAGUCGCGCGCCACGGGGGCAGCCUAACAUUGCGAACGGCAAUUAG